CCAGCUCUCUCUCGAACCCAUCUCGAACCCAGCUCUCUCUCGAACCCAGCUCUUGAUCUCGAACCCAGCUCUCUCUCGAACCCAUCUCGAACCCAGCUCGAACCCAGGUCUUUCUCUCUCGAUCUCGAAGCUCAUAUCAUCUCACUCUCUCUAACCAAGGGAGAAGGACGCAAGUGUCAAGCUGAAGCAGUUGCAGUACCUAUUAGUUAAAGCUCUUCCUGUUAUUAGGGAUAUUUAUGCAGAACAGAACCGUGAACGGUUGAAGCAGCAGUUAGAGGACUCCCUGUGACAGAAUCUGAUAUUACUUGGUCUGAACUUCAUCCAAGUAUACUGAGAAGAUUCUCCAGCUUGCUCAGACUGUCCCUGUUUCUCUCCGGCUUGCUCACACUGCUGUUGUUGAACUCGUAAGGUCCUUAAGCAAUCUUCUCAAGCUCACACUCUCCAGCUCUCUCUCUUCUCCGAGCUCAUCUCAUCUCGAAGCUCUCUCUUCUCCUUUUCUCAAGUUGAGACCCUCUCAAGUUCAGACCCUCCCAAGUUCAAGAUGACAAAAGAUAACUGGCCUCCUGAGGAGACUAGAUACUUUUUCCAACUUUAUGCCGAAGAGAGAAGAAAGGGAAAUAGGACCAGUACGUCUAUGAAUAAAGUAGGGAAGGAGAACAUCAUGGUGGCGUUUGAAGACAGGUUUAAGAAAGGAUAUGAUUCUUGGCAGACUUUCAAGAACAAAUACGACACAAGUAGGAAGAAAUACACCAAGUUCAGGAAGUUAACUAAGAAUAGGACAGGGCUUGGGUUUGAUAACUUGGGAAGAAUCGAUAUGUCAGACGAUUGGUGGAGUGAACGCGAAAAGGAGUGUCCUGGGAUUAGAAGAUCCAUAUGGAAAGAGGAAUUUAAUAUGGAUCUGUUUGAAGAAGAGUUUCGUACUGUAGUAGUAACUGGAGCAGAAGGAUGGAGUGCUCAACAUGGAGAAGCAAGCUUGAAUUCUAGAGUGGGUGGAGAUGAUGGUGAUGAAGCCGAUUCUCAGCCAGCAGCAGAAACAGAAACUCAAGCAGCAGCAGAGACAGAAACUCUGCCACAAGCUCAGACACAAACCCAACAGAAAACUCAUUCCGGAAGUUCAAGAGGAAAAAGACAGCGUAAAGAGAAGGAUAUGGUUGUAGAAGCUUGUGACAAACGUACUGAAGCUCUUAUGGUGAAGAAUAGGAUAGCGGAACAGAUGUUGGAGCGUCUAGAAGCUGCUAGUGUUGAAAAUGUGUUACAGAUACUGUACACAUUGCCUGGAGUGAGAGAGUGGUCUCCACUAUAUGAAGCAGCAAUGGAACAUCUUAUAGACAAUGAAGGGAGCAGAAGGGCUUUUAUAACAAUGAAGACAUAUGAAGCUAAGACUAAGUUUCUAGAGCUUAGGACCAAGAUAAAACGUGACUAUGGAACUUAGAACUAGUAUGGA